GGGAUGAUGUCUCGGAUCUGGCAACCCCGCUCUCUGCCAAACGCACCUUGAGCCUCGCGGCUGUAAAGCGGCUCCACCGCCCCGACAGCACGCGGCGGAAACGUCCUGAUGUUCACGCGCCGAACCGGGAGGAACCGGCCCCCGCAGCUUCAUUAGCCAUGUCACGCAGACCGGACGCGCGUGACUGAGGCGGCAGCGAUGAGCGACAGAGCGGGAGGGCCCGCGAGACGCAGGAGGACCACCACCUCUGACGGGGGGGCCGCCAGCCGAGCCAAGGGGCCCGACGCCGGCCCCAAGGACCGCCGGGAGAACGGCCGUACCGAGCCGCGGGCGGCGGGGAAGCCUGGAGCCAGCGCGGGGGAUGACAUCACCGACAGACUCAGCUGCCACGUCCUGCAGGAGUCUCUGCUGAGCUCGGCCAGCGGCUACAGUAACUACAGAGGAAUCCUCAACUGGUGUGUGGUCAUGCUGGUUCUGAGUAACGCUCGCCUCUUCCUGGAGAACAUCAUAAAGUAUGGCAUCCUGGUGGACCCCAUCCAGGUGGUGUCUCUGUUCCUGAAGGACCCGUACAGCUGGCCGGCGGCCUGCCUGAUCAUCGCCUCAAACGUUUUCAUCUUGGCGGCUUUGCACACGGAGCGGCGUCUGGCGGUGGGGGCGCUCUCUGAAUCCACCGGAUGGAUCCUCCACAUCUUCAACCUGCUGUUCAUGUUGGUCUUCUCCUCCGUCACCGUGCUGACCGUGUCCUCUCUGACUCCCGUGGGGGGGGUGCUCUCUCUGGCCGUCUACACCGUCCUCUUCCUGAAGCUCUACUCCUACCAGGACGCCAACAGGUGGUGCAGAGAAACCCGGCAGGCCGAGGCCAAACGACUGACGCGCUCGCAUUCAUGUCCAAAUGUGGCCAACGGCUCGGCGGUCCGGUCCCACGUGUCGUAUCCAGGAAACCUCACGCACAGAGACAUGUACUACUUCAUCCUGGCCCCGACUCUCUGCUAUCAGCUCAACUUCCCACGUUCUCCCCGAAUCCGGAAGCGGUUCCUGAUGAGACGACUCUUUGAAAUGCUUUUCCUCAUGCAGCUGUUGGUGGGCUUGAUACAGCAGUGGAUGGUUCCCACCAUUCAGAACUCCAUGAAACCGUUCCAGGAAAUGGAUUUUUCCCGGAUGGUGGAGCGUCUGCUGAAACUGGCUGUCCCCAACCACCUGAUAUGGUUGAUAUUCUUUUACUGGUUCUUCCACUCCUCCAUGAACUUUGUGGCAGAGCUGCUGCAGUUUGGAGACCGAGAGUUCUACAGGGACUGGUGGAACUCGGAGAGCGUGACGUAUUUCUGGGCCAACUGGAACAUUCCGGUUCAUAAGUGGUGUCUGAGACACUUCUAUAAACCAAUGUUAAGGAGAGGGAUCAACAAGUUUGUGGCUCAGACGUUUGUCUUUCUGCUCUCCGCCUUCUUCCAUGAGUACCUCGUGAGCGUUCCUCUGAAGAUGUUCCGGCUCUGGGCCUUCAUGGGAAUGAUGACUCAGGUUCCUCUGGCGUGGUUCGUGGGCCGCUACCUGAAUGGAAACUAUGGCAACGCCGCCGUGUGGAUGUCUCUGAUCAUCGGACAGCCCAUUGCUGUGCUGAUGUACGUCCACGACUACUACGUCAUCCAUCACGGAAGCUCUUCAUAACGGGGGACACGUGGGGUCAGGUUGUGGGAGGAGCUUAUUAGCUAACAGAGGAACAUGACGGUAAUGUGAAGCCGGUUCUGGAUCUGAUUCAGAGUGAAACUGGCUUCCAGUCCGUCUUUCAUGAUGAUGCGCUUUUGUAGACCAGCCCUCUGAAUCAUUUCUGAUUGAUCCACGUUUGUGGAUUUAAAACGGAAACUGUCGCUCAGUUUUACAGGAUUUUAUCUAAAGGAACGUCAGCGUUUGUUCUGCAGUUGAAUCUAAACUAGACAGUCUUCCUCAAACCUAACCAGCUCAUCAUCAUCACAUCUAGUUCUCUGAAUUCCUCUGAAGUUGAUGGAAAAAGGCCACGCCUCCUGAAGCACAGGUAAACAGCCAGGAAGGUAAAUCCGGAUCCAUCAGCUGAUCUUCAUAAACGCUACGACAAUCCUUGAUCUGAUCUGUAAACCGACCAAAGCAGCUUCGUUCUUCUGAAGAUCCUGUCUUUCAUUCUGCCCUGGGACGUUUCCAGACAUGGACCCUCCUGCUUCCCCUGAAGGAUUCUGGGAAAAGGAGUCCGACUGCCGUCUCAUCUUUGACUUAAUUGAAACAAAUGAAUGUUUUUCUUUUUGCACUUAAGAGCGUGCACGUACACUCGCACGUUUGCACUCAUGAAAGCAAUAGAAGUCUAUUCUCCUUUAAAGAAAUCCUUUUGCCAAAACAGUUUGUAUAAUUGCUCAAAUAUAUUUUGAUUUGUUCAAACUGGAUUAAAAACGUCAUGUUUGAAAGUCUU